AUGGGGUUUCUACGUUCUGUUCUCUUUACGAGCUGGACUGUGUUCAGGCAAGCGUUCGGGGAUUUGGCUCUCGAAAACUCAUCAAAUGGAAGCUUGCCAAUCCGGCUCUGGCGGAAUUGGCACUCACACAAGCAGGAAGAGACUCGGAACUUUGCACCUCAAUCGGGGAAAGAAGAUAUAUCACACCAGAAGAAGCUCGCGAUGAGGUCGGACCAUGGUUCAAGGAACAAUACAAUAAGUGGAAGUCCUCUCAUUCACAGGAGGAAGAAUGAUUCUGGACAUGGUUCUCCCACAAGUACGCUCCUGGAACGGCAGACUCUAUUGCGGAUUGCAAACUUGAAUCAUCUUGUAGCACCAUCCACUGCAGCUUUAUCAGCGAUAAGUAUGACUUGGACGUACAACGCAAUGCCUAUUUUGCUAUGGAGUCUGUCAGCAACUUCCACAACUUGGCAUGGCCGAUAAAAAACGCCAACAAGGAAGCCUUUGACAAUGUAGAAAGUGAUAUGAGCACUCUCAUGUUGCAGUUCUCGGAUGGUAAGAACGUGGAGAGCAUGCAUGCCAAAUACCAACAAGAUAUGAAGCUACUGAUGCAUGGUAUAAUCGGGAUCAUGCUUCUGUUAUCUGCUGUGACUGGAGGUGUGUCCGGAUUAAUCAGUUUGAGUGCUGCCAACGAAGCGUUGAAGUUUGCCGGACAAGCGGAACAGGCUUUGGACACGGCGCAAAGAGUUGCCAACGCAUCGAAAACGUUACUGGCCGCAAAAUGGACACAAGCAGGUAAUCUAGCCGGUUUACUGGGAUCUCUCGAAGUCUCAGUUUCCUCAGCCGUAUCCGACUUCCUUUCUGGCCCGGCCUACUCCGCGGGACUCCAGAAAGCUGCUGAACAUGGCAUGGCCGAGAUUCAACACAUCACCGCCAAGAUAUUCGACACCAACAUGAUCUCUCUUUUGCAAGGAUACGAGGGCAUGACACCAAACUUCACACUUGUCGACAUGGUCCAAAGGGGUCAUUACGCCAACGUUUCUUCGUUCACACCCAACUACCGCGAUCAACUUCGAACCAUGUGGUUCGCAUCGGCGAUUGGGACUAUCUGGAGUACGGAGCAUUCUUAUAUCAUUGUGUCAAAUGUCAAGAAUGGUGGCUGCAAGGGAGAUCAUCGAGGACCUAAGAUCCUCCAGACAUGUCUCGAGGAGUUUCCCACCAAAGUUUUCUAUACUUACUUCAAGUCAAACUGUCGCGAGGGACUCAAAGGAAAACCACUCAUACGUGGACCUCUUGGUCACCACUUGCUCGAACAAAGGACCAACUUUACCUUGAAGCAUGUCGUCAGAUCAUCAAUGACCCAAUUUAGAGAUCAUGCCAACAAUCAACAGGAGUCAAGGAUAGGCGCCAAGGGAUUUGACACCAUGUUAGGUGAUGAGACCGCUAUAUCGCAUGGAGGCGGAUGAGCCAGAGGUCUCUUCAUGCUAUCAGUCUGCAAUACACCCAAGGGACAAGGGAUCAGCUCUAUCAACAUGAAAAAGGGACGCAACUUCCCUUGCUCAUGCUACAAGUUCCCAUGGUCCGAGCAUAAGCAUGCUGCCGAAAUGGCUCCUGC